AUGCGCCACUACCCCGGCCGCGUCCCGUGGCACGCCCGCACCACCACCUCCAGCGCGGCGCCCGCGGCGGACCCCGUCGCAGCCGUAACGCCCGACAGCCCGCGCGCGCCCGCGCCCGGCACCGCCCCGCAAGCCGCGCCGAGCAGCGGCCCCACGGCCGCCUUCAGCUGGCAGCGCCAGUGGUGGCCGAUUGCGGUGGAGGCUCAGCUGGACGGCUCAAAGCCCACUGCAGCGAUGCUGCUGGGCAUCCCCCUCGUGAUCUGGAAGGACGGCGCCGGCGCGUGGAGCGUGCUGGAGGACCGCUGCGCCCACCGCCUCGCGCCUCUCAGCGAGGGCCGAAUCGAGCCGUCAGACGGGACGCUGUUCUGCAGCUACCACGGCUGGCGCUUUGACGCGGAGGGCAAGUGCAGGGACAUCCCCCAGAUCGAGGAUCCAAAGGCGCGCGCCACCGCCUGCGGCAGCGCCCGCGCCUGCGUCAGGUCGUUCCCCUGCCAGGCCCAGGCCGGCCUCUUGUGGGUGUGGGGGGACCCCGCCUCGCCGCCGCCGCCGGACGCGCGGCCGGCGGUUACGGAGGAGCUGGGGCGCGAGGGAUGGACCUUGCUGGGGGGCGACUGGUUCCAGCGGGACCUCGAGUACAGCUACGAGACGCUAUUCGAGAACCUCUUCGACCCGGCCCACAUCCCAUUCACCCGUGAGCGGCGUCGGCUGGGCGCCGCGGCAGCCAAUCACAAGAUCAUGGGCAGCGCGACGCGCGACAAGGCCACCCCGCUGGGGGACAUCAAGACGGUCCGCGACAUCAGCCCCCGAGGCUUCCAGCUGUGGCGCGACACCGCUCCAUUCAGGAUCCCCCGCAAGAUGGAGACGCGGUGCGGGCAGCCCCCGCUUUAG